AUGGGUGCCCUGUUGUCUCUACCGCUGAUGGCGUUGCCCAGUGUCGGCACGCUCAUCACCCUCGGCGGUUCAUGCUGCGGCGCUGCAACUUGCUCUGCGGUGUGCAGUGCAUGUGGAAAGUUUCAGAAUAGUAUGGCAACACGAAUCGCAUACGCCAUUAUCCUAUUGAUCAAUUCCAUCGUCUCUUGGAUUAUGCUUACGCCAUGGGCAAUGAAGAAAUUGCAACAUCUUACUCUGGAUUAUAUGGAAAUCAAAUGCGACGGCAAGGAAUGUCACGGUUGGGUUGCAGUUCAUCGCAUCAAUUUCGGUCUCGGUCUCUUCCACUUGAUCCUCGCACUCCUCCUCCUCGGCGUCAAAAACUCCCGUGAUAGUCGUGCAGCCCUCCAGAAUGGUUUCUGGGGCCCGAAGAUCGUGAUCUGGCUGGGCUUUGUCGUCAUGUCCUUCUUCAUCCCUGAGCCCUUCUUCUUCGUCUACGGCAACUAUAUCGCCUUCUUCUGCGCGAUGCUCUUCCUGUUGCUCGGUCUGACUCUUCUCGUGGACCUCGCGCACACAUGGGCCGAGCUGUGUCUACAGAAGAUCGAAGACAGUGACUCACGUCUGUGGCGUGGUCUGUUAAUCGGAUCGACCCUUGGCAUGUACCUGGCCUCGAUCGUCAUGACCAUUCUGAUGUACAUCUUCUUUGCCAAGAGCGGCUGCUCUAUGAAUCAAGCUGCGAUCACUGUCAACCUGAUCGUCUUCAUGAUCAUUUCGGCCGUUUCGGUUCAACCGGCCGUUCAAGAGUCCAACCCUCGCGCCGGGUUGGCCCAAGCCGCUAUGGUCACGGUGUACUGCACCUAUCUCACGCUCUCUGCCGUCUCGUUGGAGCCGGAUGACAACAACUGUAACCCCUUGAUCCGUUCGAGUAGCCCCCGGGUCGCUACCAUCAUCCUGGGUGCAAUUGUGACCAUGGCCACUGUUGCAUAUACCACCACGCGUGCGGCCACUCAGGGAAUUGCGCUGGGCUCGAAGGGUGGACAUGGCUAUAUUGAGCUUGGCCCGGACGAUAACGAGCACGGGCUGGUCACUCAACAGCCCAACAGCCGCCGGGAGAUGCGCGCUGAAGCCCUCCGAGCCGCUGUCGAGAGCGGCAGUCUGCCAGCCAGUGCCCUGGACGAGAGCGACGAUGAGGAUGACUUUGAAACUAGCAGCAAGGAUGACGAGCGUGGCUCGAUCCAGUAUAGCUACACCCUCUUCCACAUCAUCUUCUUCCUGGCCACGACCUGGGUGGCCACCCUGUUGUCGCAGGGUCUUACGGUCGACACCACCAUGGACUUUGCUCCGGUCGGCCGGACUUACUGGGCCAGCUGGGUGAAGAUUUUCAGCUCUUGGGUAUGCUACGCGAUUUAUCUCUGGACUCUCGUUGCGCCAGUGGUGUUGCCUGAUCGAUUUGCUGCGUAUUAG